CUGGUUUUCACCUGAGGACGGCUGCUUGCGUUGUGGCCGAAACGUCGUGAGAAUUGUUUUAUUAUGUUUUAUUUUUAUUAUUUUAUUACUUCCCUUCUACGUGACUUUACCGAAAGAACCAAGAAGAUGAAUCCCUGCAGUCACGAAAGCUUUAAAUCGAAAUGGAGCCUGGUUAUUAAGUUUGGUGAAUGUACUGGUAAUCUAUAUUGUAAACUGUAGCCUGGUUCUUAACCUGAGUGAACGUACUGGCAGUCUAUAAUGUAGAUUUAUUACUGGUUCUUUGAGUAAUAAAAAAACAGGCACACUGCAUGACGCUUCCGCAUGCGCCGGUGACAUCACAGCUCACUUGCCGUGCAAAAUAUAUCCAUUAUUGCGCCCCCUCCCCCCCAUUGUGUACAGUCUGGAAAGUACCGACAUGGCAAAUUUCAAGUUUGUUGCAUAUCGGGAAGUACGCUAAACAUUUUUGAACAGACACACAUAAUCACAACUUUUCCUUUUAUAUAUAUGGAGAUAAACCCCAAUUAUCCAAUCGAAAUUAGGGAUUUCGAUCAGAUCAUUUGGGGGGGGCACGUGCCACCCCCCCCCCCCCACUGGCUCUGCCAGUGUUUGAAAGUACAGUCUGAUCGAACAAUCCCCAUGACCAGAGUGCAAUGUAAUAUUUUGUCAGUAUGUGUGUAUUUUUUCACGAGCUUUAACACAGCCAUUUAGUACAUGUGUAGGACUUAAGAAAACACGCGUCAUGCGUUGGGUUGUGAUACGGACAUGCGGCGGACAGUGAGGGCAAAAUGGGACACGGAACGAGGCGCUAUACUGUUGUUAUUGUGCCAAUUAAAGUGGUAAGGUAAUUAAGGGAGGCCUGCAGGUGUUCGGGGGUAAUCGAGGACGCAGGCCGGUGAUUGGACGAGAGAGAUGGGUGUCGGGAAUUGGCGCCUCGAUGGCUGCAAUAACAACAUCACGUGAGGCUGGGGGCGAAUGGAGGAGCGGGGGAUGAUCUAAUUGGGGCAAAUUGGUUCGGGGAUAAAGGCAAAGAGCGUGGGGAGAAACGGGAGUUGGUUGGUGCUUGGGACAAGAGACAGAGGAAGAGACGUAGCAGCAGACAAGAGAAUAUAGUAUACGGUAGCAGUAGACAAGAGAGUAUAGUAUAAGGUAGCAGUGGACAGAGGGAGAUAGUGUACGGUAGCAGUGGACAAAGAGAAGACAGAGUAUGGUAGCAGCGGAUAAAGAGAAUACAGUAUAGGAUAGCAGUGGAGUAACGGACCUUGGUGGAGAAGCUACGACGGAGUGAGACGGCAGGGAGAACAAAGAGCGACCGAGCUGGGGAGAGAGAGAGAGAGAGCAGAGAGGGAGGUCGCUGGAGAAGAGGAGCAGAGGGAGAGCGAGCGAAGCCAGCGGAGCGAGCGAACGGAGGGACAUGGAGUGAUGUUGAUGGGGAGUUGUGCGUUAGAGAGAAUAGAGGGACAUUGUGUGAUGCCGAUGGAGGAGAUGUGAACUACACGCGUUAAGAAAGAACCGAGAAAGACAAAGAAGCUGUCACGUCAGUACGAGUCCUACACAUGCAGUAGAAAGUACAGUAUCGGUUUUUCAUGUUCAGAUACUGUGUAUAGAUUUCACGAAAUGUAUGAAAAUUCUUAAGCAGUGGCUUUAACAUUUUCCUCCCCAAUUUGCUCGUGAAGUUCAAUUCAGCUCUCUAUGAGAAGCCAUCCAACACAGUCCAGCGACUGCAAGAACUGCUGCCUCCACAUUCCAGUGAUCCAAGGUACUCUUCUACUUUACCGAGUGUUGACAUCCACCAGCAUUUAACAGUACUGCUUUUUUUUUUUUGGAUUGUCAGCCAACACCGGUUACAACCCCAAGUCGAGGUGACUGUGCUGGAUAACGAUGGCAUGGAGGAGUUCUCUGCCACGGUCUCCCCCACAUGCUCGUUGUGCAAUGGCCAGUGGCAUCGCAUCGCAGGUGAGGCGCAGUCUCCGUUCACUGCGACAGCUGCCCCUCUGGUGCCCGGCUCCUGCGUGCACCUUCACUUGAACCCUUGAGUGACUUCUUUGUUCAGAGCCAAAGUCACGACCAAGGCAGUUAAUUUCACUGGAAUGGAUGCUGGCCCGGGAUGCUUAGAGAAGUAGUGUCACGCCACCCUUUCCAAAAUCUCAUCCCUUGUAUUCGUGCUUGUGGAACGUGGACCCACCUAAUGGAACAUCUUCGCCAGCUAGAAAGAUUCACCCUGGCUCCUCUGACAGGCGGCAAGGCUGUGUUGCCUGGGUCAUGUAGACCGUAUGCCCAAACAGAUUUGUUAGGCUGGAUAGAGGGGGAUAAACGGGCAGGGACUAGAGAAGAAAUGGAAUUAUGUGGUACAAGAGGAUAUGGAAGCUGAGUAGACUUGCCAAUGACUGGUACUAGCAGUGUCAAGAUUGUCCUCUGGAGGAGGCUCGUAAAUAACACGACUGGACAGUUGGAGGCAGUCGCCCUCCAACAACAGCAGAGAGGGCAGAGGAGCGAUAUUCACAGUAACGAACGGCGCGCCAGGCGGCUAAAACAUGGCAAGUUGGCACAUUAAGGUGCACAGGUGGUGCAUCUCCCGAUCAUCUCAGUCUGUGAACCCAUGGUACCUGGGUCUGUUCCGUGACCUACCAGCGAGCAUUCGACACCUCACGUGUCCUUAAACUCCUCGGUUGACUCGGCCUCAAAUUAGUACCUGGUGUGGUUUAUAAACAUCGCCACCCACGGCCUAUGAAGGUCAUGCCGGUCUUCAUAGGCUCUGCUCGCUAACAUCACUUUCCCCAACAGCCUGUGAGAUCUACACAGGGAAUCUUUGUCGUUGUUUUGUGUGUGCGUGCGUGCGUGCAUGAGCUCGCGCCCCCGUGUGUGUGCGCAAUUGUGGGAACUCAUUACUCCCCUUCCAACAAGCAAGCCAGCGUCAGGACUCAAUGAGAACAAAGGGUGUUUGCAUGGCAUGAGAGUGGCACUCCCAUAAAUACGAGACCAGAGCACCUGGACACAACUACAGCUGAAGCUCAUCCAGCAGUCACGAUGAAGGCACUGCUCAGCGUCGUCCUCGGUCUUCUCUUCCAGGAGCUCGCUUGCUCCACUUAUCUGGUCCCUGGCGCCUCCACUAACGGCUCCCGGGAUGCGGAGGGCCAGUGCGUGUGUAACGUCUAUCUGCCGGACCCCGUCUUCCCGGCCAACACGGUGGAGCAGCUGCAGCUCAGCACCCAGACGAUUGCCACGGCCGUCACGGUGGAGUCACAGAAGGUGGCAGAGAACCACGCCACGCUGGUGCGCUACACGGCGCUGCUGCGGAACCUGACGGUGCGCGUGGAGCGAAUGGAGCAGGGCCAUGACCGCUACUCAGAGCUGGACUUUGAGCUGCUGCGGGUGGAGAUCAGGGAGAUGGAGCAGCUGGUGCAGCAGCUGAAGCUGGAGGUCUCCAGCGCCACGCUCGAUCGUCUCCACCUCUCGAUCCAGAACGUCAGCGUGGUGGUGAACACGCUGGAGAGGUACGACAGGAACAACGUGCUGCUCAUCCGACGCCAGGUGGACACUCUGCGCAAGCAGCUGCAGGACUGCCAAGAGGAGGCCUCUAAUGCUGGCCAGCCCCCCGGCAGCAAUCCUGGCCAGCAGCCCCCCAUAGGCUCAUGCGUGCACGGUGGCUUGCAGAACGUCAGCACACCAUAUAUUCACAUUCUGAACAUGCAAGGUGCAGCGUUCCAAUAUGGCGCCUUUGGGAAAGACCCACUCCCACUGAAGGGACGUGAGGAUGUGUACUGGGUGAUAACCAGCAAUCAGGUUUACUUUACUGUGAUGCAGAUGUUUGCUAACUACCGGGCACUGCAGACGUAUGUGCUGAUGGAACAAAAGACCCUUUCUUGUGGAUCUGAUUGUGGUUAUGGAAUGGAUGCAGUGAUGUACAAAAAUCACAUGUUUUACAGAUGCUCUACUGGUGUUUCUAUUUGCAAAUAUAACCUGACAGCCUCCACUAUUACCAGAGUAAAUCUCCCCCAAGCGUCAGGAAGCAAUUUGUAUCCUUACCUGGGCUCUACCUAUUCUGAUAUGGAUUUCUCUGUGGAUGAACAAGGUCUGUGGGUCAUUUACUCAGUUGAUGGGAAGUUGUCCCUUGCUUUACUUAAUGAUACUUCCCUUGCUGUUAUCGGCAGCUGGACCACCACGCAGUACAAACCCUCGGUUAGCAAUGGCUUCGUGGUGUGUGGAGUCCUGUACCUCACGCGCACUUCUAGCCUUAAAACUGAGGAGAUCUACUUUGCAUUUGACACCAAAACUAACCAAGAGAGGUUAAUGAGCAUCGUGAUUUCGAAGCCCUUGGAAAAGAUGAGCAGCCUUAACUACAACCCAGCUGAUCACAAGCUGUACAUAUAUAAUCAGGGAUAUUUGGUUACUUAUGAUGUGACCUUUAAACCCAUAUAAUUGAUAACAAUAAUACGUAGUUCUUUAGGGCUUUCAUUGUAUGAGAGCUUCAACAAAUAAAUCUGUAGAGUAUGAUUGAUAGUUGCCAAGGGCAUAUACUGCACCAUGUAAUAUUUCAAAUGAGCGUGCAUCGGUUAUUUGUUUGCCUCAUUUCAAAUAUAUGAUGCUGCACCAUUUGUAGACCUAGACAAACUCCUGGUGUGACAUACAUAGAAAUGAUAUCAAACAAACGUUAUGCUCCAAUUAUGACAACCCAAUGCAUGGAUGCUGUGAAUGUGGCAUUGGUGUUUAUUCAGUUCGGUAUUUGUUGUUGUUAACGUCAUUU